ACCAGGCAGAACAAUAUUAAACACACAGACAAAGCAAACAUGCAACACAAGUCGAUAACAAAUGUAUAGUACAACAUAAAUGUCGUGUCUGCUAAAUAAAAUAAAUAAUCACUGUUCUUUACCAUUUCUUUGUGUUUUCAACACAGUGACUUUACCUUGGCGGAACCAACUGUCUAUAAGCUGUGUUUUCAGUAGUGCAGAUUUUAGUGCCGGACCAAUCUGCACGCUGUUGUUUUUUCUCCGCCAUGCCUGUCGAUACCAAACGAGUGCGCGGCCCAGAUGUCUCCCAAAGCCCGUCUUUGUUUGCGAGCAAGCCGGCGGCGGCCGUCUCCUCGCUCGGGCCCCGAGCAGAUGGCCGCCAGCGGGACCAGGUGGACGUCCGGCCGGUGUUUGUCAGGUGCGGACUGGUGAGUCAGGCGAAGGGCUCCGCGUACAUGGAGGCUGGAGACACCAAGUUGAUGUGCUGCGUUUACGGACCCAGAGAAACGGAGCGGAAAGACGAGACCGACAUGAAAUGUGGAAGGUUGACGACUGACAUGCGUUUUGCUCCAUUCUCUUGCCCGGAAAGAGGCUCUUGGAUUCAAGGGAGUCAGGACAAGGACUUCUCUCUGAUGCUGCAGGAGAGUCUGCAGCCCGCCCUGUGCCUCCACAAAUACCCUCGCUCUCAAAUCGAGGUCAACGUGAUGGUGCUGGAAAACAGCGGUUCAGUCCUCGCACACGCCGUCACCUGCGCUUCCCUCGCCCUCGCAGACGCGGGCAUCGAAAUGUACGAUCUGGUUCUGGGCUGCGCCAUCUGCCAGGACGGCCCCUCUUUUGUGGUGGACCCGACGUACGCGGAGGAAAACGGCUGCAGCUCAGUCGGCGGUGGCAAUCGGGGAAGGCUGACAACGGCGUUCCUGCCCAGUUUGAACCAGGUUUCCGGGCUCCAGUCGGAUGGAGAAAUGACGGAAGAGACUCUGUCAGCCGGGGUGCGUACUUGCAUCGAGGGCUGCUAUAAGAUCUAUCCUGUCAUCCAACAAGCUUUGGCUAAGGCAGUGCGGAAGGCAGCACCUCCACCAUCAGAGAGCUGAUCCACUUAUCCAAUUUGUGCCUUUUUGUCAGUUUUUCUACAGUAUUAGUAAUUAAGGAUGUCCGAUUCCAAUACUGAUCAUCCAAAAGUGAGAUCAUCUGAUACUAAUCACAUGUAUUAACUGUUCAUUUUUCAGUUUUCAAUUACAGUAUACUUUUAGACCAGGCCAUGGCAAUUAUUUUGACUCGGAAGGCCAACUUUAGAGAGAAAAAUGUGUCUGGGGGCCGGUAUAUCUAUUUUUAGGAGCACUAAUACAAAACCUCACAAUAAUGUCUGAUUGAAUGCUAAAAACGUUAUGACAGACCGCCUUAAAAAAUUGAAUGGGGUUUAUUUUUUUUACUGAAAGAGACACCCAGAAUGUAAAUGAAAAUAAAGAAUGUGGGAUUUACAAUAUUACGUAUGAACGAUAAAACACUGAAUAUUGACAACAUGUGAACGUCACACCGCCCCUCGAUCGACAUAUUUUACAAUCAAGCAAAACGCAACAAAAAUGCAACAAACGCAGCGAAAUAUGAACGUGAAAAAACCCCACCUACAAUCUGAAAUAUUACUAAGCUUUAGAACUUUUUUGUAAAAAUCUCCUUCCGCGUCUGUCCCUGACACACGCAUUUCAGGCUGGUCGCUGUGGAA